CUCCGCAACAACCGCAACCGGAUGCGGGCGCGGCUACUUCACCAUAUGGCCGAUAAGUCGGGUCUACCAAUGACAAGCUAUAUUGUUUAUAGACCCCCGCAAAACACCGAAUUUCUGUAAGUCACAUCUGUCUCUUUUAUUCUCUCAGGCCAUUUAGCUCUUCUACGUCCAGCUGCAAAAGAUGGUCUAUAAGUCACCCGUAGCCGACGUUGAAAUCCCCAAAAUUGACUUGCUGACAUACUUGUUCCCCCCCGGCAAGCCAAUAUCAGAGGAUCCAAUAUGGCUCGAAUCUUCAGACCCGGAAAACUGCCUUUCGCCGAAGCAGAUGUUCAACUGGGUAAAAAGACUGGCUAUUGGGCUUGACAGGCUAGGUAUCCAGGCUCAGGAGGCUGUCAUGAUCUUGACUCCAAACCACAUAUUCGUACCUGCCGCAUACCUCGGCAUUGUGGGAUCGAGAAGGGUUUUCAGUGCUGGAAACCCAAUCUACACAGUUCAAGAGCUCUCACACCAACUAAGCAACACGGGCGCUAGGGUUAUGUUGGUUCAUCCAACACUGUUGAAAACGGCCCUGGGCGCUGCGAAAAAUUGCGGUUUGCCAAAAGAACAUAUAUUUCAAUUCUCGGACCGUCCAAACACCCCAGUCGACGGUAUUCUAGACUGGAGGGAAUUCAUCGGGUCGCCUGAAGAAGCUGACCAGUACCAAUGGAAGCCGAUGACUGGAAAUGAAUCCGCAACUACUGUUGCUACAGUCAACUACUCCUCUGGCACCACUGGUCUACCAAAGGGAGUUUGUGUCAGCCAUCUUAAUCUCGUUGCCAAUGCCCAGCAGCACAUUGCUAUCAAGUUCUACGGCACCAAGUACACCCCACAGGACUUCCCGGCAGAGAGAUGGAUUGGCUUUUUGCCUCUCUAUCAUGCUUAUGGGCAGCUUUGGUGCAUGAUCAUGGCCAUCAAACUGAACGUUCCGAUCUAUGUGAUGAAACAAUUUUCAUACGAACCGUUUUUGAAGAUCAUUGAGACCUACAAAAUUACGAAUCUUCAGGUCGCCCCACCAAUUCUGGUCAUGCUGAGUAAAAGACCUGAAACCGCCAAGUAUGACAUCAGCAGUGUCAAGCAUUGUCUCUGUGGUGCGGCACCGCUCUCGAAAGAGCUGCAAAAUGAGAUAUAUCGUCGCUUCAAUAUCCGCACGACCCAGGGCUGGGGUAUGACUGAAGUCACGUGUGGCGCCAUCCACGUUCCAUUCGAGGAAUGGCACGACGAUGGUACGGUCGGAAUUUUGGAUCCCAACAUGGAAUGCAAACUACUGGAUGACGACGAGAAGGAAGUCGCACCGGGCCAGCCUGGUGAGAUUUUCGUACGUGGUCCGAAUGUUUGCUUAGGUUACUGGAGGAACGAGCAGGCCACCAAAGAGUCGUUGAGUCCUGAUGGCUGGCUCAAGACCGGUGACAUUGCUGUUCGCAACGAAAAGGGUUAUUACUACAUUGUAGACCGCAAGAAGGAGCUGAUCAAGGUAAAUGCUCUGCAAGUGGCUCCAGCUGAGCUUGAGGCUGUGCUUCUUGAGCAUGAUGCUAUUGCCGAUGCUGCAUGUGUUGGCAUAACCUUGAACAACGAGGAGUGGCCAAGAGCAUAUGUGACUCUCAAGGAUGAAUACAAGGGCAAAGUGUCUGAAGACGAUAUCCACAAGUGGAUGCAUGACAAAGUUGCAAAGCAUAAGCGACUUGUAGGCGGUAUUGCGUUUAUUGAUGAGGUUCCGAAACUCGCCAGCGGUAAGAUCGUACGGAAACUGGUCAAGGAAUGGGCGAAGAGAGAUGCACCAGCGUUGGAAGGCAAGGUGAAGGCAAGGCUAUGAUUACCCCUGAUUCCAAGUUCUUGUAUGUGUAUAUAGAGACAUCUUAAAAGCCUUGGCGUCCUGGAACAGGCAGAUUUCUCGAAAUAUCAGAAGCAUUGGCUCGUCA